UUCAGCAGUUGCGCGUUUUGAACGCAACCUUUGGGCGAACUCCGUCCAGCGGUGACUUCAUCCCACACUUGAGUGUGUCGAGACAUCGCGGAGUGAUUUGUCGUGGCCGCGCAGAGCUGUGACAACUUUGUGCGGCCACAUCUGGCAGCGGAGGGAUGUCCUGUCUGCCUCAGUUGACCCCUAAUGCUCAUGGCUGGCCAAAGGACUGAACAUUGUCCUGUCCUUGGUUUAGACCGGCUCAAUCUUCUCUUAAUUCUGGGAUAUUUUGGAAUAUCAACCCAAGCUUCUCUACCUCUCCAUUGAUGGAGAUACAGAAUGCAUCCUAACACUGGAAAUUCACAGUGAGUGUAGUUAAGCCAAACCAAGUCACAGGACAAUCAGAGCUCAGUUGUAAUAUACUGGAAGCUGUCAGUAGAUUCAUUGGUAACAAAUUAAGGAUAUUUGCACUUGUGGAGUGGAGAAGUGGUAUUAUAUCUCAGACGGUGUUAUCCUACAUGGAUAAUGUAGGAAUUCCAGCCAUAGAGAGACAACCUUGUAGCUGUGAUGGCCACAGACCAGGGUCAGCCCCUCCUUCAGCUCCAGGAGGUAGACUCCAGUCGAGUGGGCUGUCGUGUCCUCUCCCCCACCCUCAACGCUUCCUCCCCGGGUCUGUCCCUCGAAACCAGCCAACCCAUCUGUAUCCCCUCCCCUUACACCGACCUCAGCCAUGACUUUACCACCAUCCCUUUCUACAGUCCAACCAUUUUCUACGCCGGGCCAGGACUUUCAGACUGCUCGCCUGUGCACCAGUCCCUAAGACCUUCCUUAUUCUGGCCCAACCACGGCCACAUGGGCCCGCCGGGACCACUGCACCCAUCCCAGGUACGCCCACAGCAGAGCCAGCCAGUCCAGAGUCCAUGGGUGGAGCUGUCACCAGGGGACAGUGAGUUGACUGCCGGCAAGCACAGGCGUUCCCAGGAAAGCGAGGAAGUUGUGGUGUCAUCGGGUGGGAAAGCAGACCUCCACUUCUGUGCUGUUUGCCAGGACUACGCCUCUGGCUACCAUUAUGGUGUCUGGUCUUGUGAAGGGUGUAAGGCUUUCUUCAAGAGGAGCAUUCAAGGCCACAAUGACUACAUCUGCCCGGCAACCAAUCAGUGCACCAUAGACAAGAACCGCCGUAAGAGUUGUCAGGCGUGCCGUCUUCGCAAGUGCUAUGAAGCUGGCAUGACCAAAUGUGGCAUGCGUAAGGAGCGUGGAAGCUACAGGAACCAGCAGAGGAGGCGAGUGAGCGGUUUGUCCUCACAUAGCAAGGCUCACGGAGCGAAGGCGUUAACUGAACCAGUGGCGUUUGCCGAGCUCCACCCGCCUGUGCUGACCCCGGAGCAGCUGAUAAAGCGGAUAAUGGAGGCGGAGCCGCCUGAGAUCUACCUGAUGAAGGAUCUGAAGAGACCCUUCACCGAAGCGAACGUCAUGAUGUCUCUGACCAACCUCGCUGAUAAAGAGCUGGUUCACAUGAUCAGCUGGGCUAAAAAGAUCCCAGGUUUUGUGGAGCUCAGUCUUCUGGACCAGGUGCACCUGUUGGAGUGCUGCUGGCUGGAGGUGCUAAUGAUAGGACUGAUGUGGAGGUCGGUCAACCACCCAGGGAAACUCAUCUUCUCACCUGACCUCAGUCUGAGCAGAGAAGAGGGCAGCUGCGUCCAGGGCUUUGUGGAGAUCUUUGACAUGCUCAUAGCCGCCACAUCCCGGGUGAGAGAACUCAAGCUGCAGAGGGAGGAGUAUGUCUGCCUCAAGGCCAUGAUCCUCCUUAACUCCAACAUGUGCCUCGCCUCACCUGAGGGCAGCGAUGAUCUGCAGAGUCGCUCCAAGCUGCUGAGUCUUCUCGACACGGUGACCGACGCCCUCGUGUGGGCCAUCGCCAAAACCGGCCUCACGUUCCGCCAGCAGUACACCCGCCUGGCACACCUGCUCAUGCUGCUCUCACAUAUCCGCCAUGUCAGCAACAAGGGCAUGGACCAUCUCCACUGCAUGAAAAUGAAGAACAUGGUGCCUUUGUAUGACCUGCUGCUGGAGAUGUUGGAUGCCCACAUCAUGCACAGCACCCGGCUGCCCUCUAAGGGUCUGCAACAGGAGGCCUCGGAGCAGAAGGAGGUUCCUGCCAAGCAGGAGGGUUCCAGUAGCACCUCCUCUAACAGCUGCACUACCGACAACUGAGGUGAUGCCCAGUAGCCAUCCAGUCACCUCUUGGCUUUCGAACGCAUUCACUCGUAAUGAUUUGUAUCACUUUGCCUAAACGUUGGUUUAAAAAAAAAAAAAAAAAAAAAAAAAAAAAAAAAAAGACUGUGAUGAGGUGUUUUUUAAUUCAGUCUUUUGAAUGUAGACGCUCAUGAUUUUCUUUGCACAAACGUUUCACAUCAUCCUAAACAUAACUCAUGCAGUACUGUAUUUCUUGCCUUACCACAUCAAGGCCCAUAAGUACCACUCGUUCUUACUUGAUGGCCACUAGUUCUAUUUUGAAAAGAUAAUCUCCUUUCAGUAAUGACACGCAGACACACCGUGCUAGACAAACAUAGUGACAAAAACAACAUACUGUUUACUUAAACAAUUGAUCCAUGCUGGUGCCAUCUUGGAGAUCCUUUUAUUCUGAGCAUGUUGUCAUCCUGGUUAUUGAGCUUUCCUGUUGCUGUGCUCUCUUGUGUUCACUGUUGAAGAACACACGAAAAGAACCCCCUUAUAUUGAAAACGUCAACUGGAGAUAGUGCCUUAAUCUUGUUAUUUAGAUAAAUGGAAUAAAAGUACAAUGAAUAAACCCAGCAUUAGCCUUCACUAAUACUUUAGACAAGUUUAGGAAGUAGAUGAAAAGUGCCUUAAACCUGUAGGAUUGGCCAGCAGAGGGCGACCUCAUUAAUUGAAGUAGGGAUUUAUGGGUACAAAUUACUACUCAUUCGAUUAUGUUCGUCGACAUUUUCCUGGUUAAAACACAGAUCUUAUUAAUCGUGGAAUGAUUUUGAAUAAACCAAAAAAUAGAACAAAGUGAGCCAUACUGUAUUUUUACAGUCAGUUGCAAAGAUGCCAAGCAGGAGUCCACCAUUCAGUGUCUACAAUCACAUUCCCAGUUGUUUAUGGGAGCAGAAAGCUCAGCCCUUCGACCACUACUUACCAGCUUUUAUUAGAUGACCAAAGGAAAACAAAACCGCAAGAAAGUAUUUCAAAGUAUUUUCCAUCAAAACCUUUACCUUGACAAUACUUUCCCCAAUUUCUUGGUGUCCAAUGAAAAAGCACAUGGUGCAAAAAUAAAUUCUAUAACCUGUUUUGGAUAAAAAAAAAAAAAAAAGGGGGGGGGGGGGCGAUUUGGAGGUGCAUGCUUUUCACUGACCAGGGAGAGAUUGUGUGUCAAUGUUAUUUCAGUGAGCUCACCAGAGCAGUAUUUCCAAACUUUUAUUGAGCCAAGGCACAUAGUUUACAUUUGAAAAAUCCCAUGACAUACCACAAAACAAAAAUGGCACAAAAAGUAUGAAAUAAUGACUGACAAAUUUAAAGGUGAUAUACUCGCAUGAAGCAAUGACAUAUUCUGUUGUAUGAAUGGCAACAGGUUUAUUGUACCUUCUGCCAUCUAAUGGAAGAACAUUUAAUUGUUCUGCCUGUCACUAUAUGUAGCUGGUAUAGAUAGAUAGAUAAAAAAAAGUGUAAUUAAUAAAUCAUCAUUUUCAAACAUUCAUGGGGCACCCCUGCACUCAAGUGCAAUUUAUAUCUCCUACUGGCACCUAACAUCUUUCACUGCAAAAUCUUUUGUCAGGUUUGUAACCAUUAUUGUACUUCGGACAAAGUUGCACUUACCUGUUGGAAUUUUAAAUUGAGGGGGAAAAAAACCAACUAUUUUUGUAUUUUCUUGUGGCUAGCGCUGUUGUACGCAU